AUGGGUGGGGUAAAGGGUGGUGUGACUCAAUCAUGGUGUGUUGGGUUAGGAUUAAUGCUUUGUUUUUGUUUCCUAAUUAAUCAACUUGAUGUGGUUGAGUCAACCACUUACAAUGUUGGGGAUAAUCUUGGUUGGGGUUUUAAUGUGAGUGCUUGGCCCAGUGGUAAAUCAUUCAAAGCAGGAGAUGAGCUUGUUUUCAGAUACCUGCCGGGUUUCCACGACGUUGUGGUCGUCGACGCAGACGGCUACAACAAGUGCCAGACGACGCCGGGCUCGAAGGUCUAUUUCUCGGGCAACGACACGAUAACAUUACUGGAGGGCGAUAACUACUUCAUUUGCAGCUUCCCUGACCAUUGCACGAUCAUGAACAUGAAGAUAGCAGUUCAUGCAGCUUAA